GGUCCCCGCGGCUAAGAUGGCGGACGUGGACGCGCUCUUCAACUCCCGCACCUUCUCCUGCUGCGGCUUCCAGGAGUUCAGCCUUCUCCCCGGCCACCGGAAGCUGACAGAGCGAGUGAAAAAGCGGCUGUACUAUGGGCAAGACAUGGACUGUAACAUGGACGCACUCUCCUGUCCUGUCACUGACAUCGCGGUUGAGCUGCUUCAGAAAUCAGCACCGAGUCCCAUCCGAAAGCUCCGGAAGAAAUACGCCGCUCAUGUGGCCAGGGAGGCUUGUAUCUCGCCCUGUGCUAUGAUGCUGGCUCUGGUUUACAUUGAACGUCUUCGCCAUCGAAAUCCCGAGUACCUCCAGCAGAUCUCCUCCUCCGACCUCUUUCUCAUCUCCAUGAUGGUGGCCAGUAAAUACCUGUACGACGAGGGGGAGGAGGAGGAGGUGUUUAACGACGAAUGGGGCGCAGCGGGAAAGCUGGACGUGCACUCGGUGAACACUCUGGAGAUGAACUUUCUGAGGGCGAUUGACUGGAGCCUCUAUGUCAAUACUCAGGAAUUCUUUGAGCUUCUGAACAGGAUGGAGGGCAGGGUGGCCCAGUCUCAGGGGCUGAAGCGAGGCUGGUUCACAUACACAGACCUGUGUGUGUUACUGGAACAGGCGCCCUGGCAACAAACCUUUGCACAGCUCUCCCAGCACAUUAUCCAGGUGGCCUGUAUGCUGGGUGUCGUGUACCUGACGAGUGUGGCUGGAGUCAUCGCCUGCAGCGCUGUCGUUCGCCAGGCCCUGUGUUCCAGAGACCAAAGCUGUGUCCUCGGCCGCGAGGCUAAGGGAUUCCUCCCGAGGGAGGGAGUGAUCCUGAACCCGGUGGGAUGCUCACAAGCGUCCCCUUCUCUCCCGACGUCUCCGUUCGAAGAUCCCGUAGCCGUGGCCGAGAUUCCAGACUCCUCUUCCGACCUGCGCUGCUGCGUUUUGGAGAACAGCACCAGGAGGAAGAGCCCGGCCAUCGCUGUGACCGCCCUGUGUAUCUGGGGGACGGUCCUGACCUCCUUCAGCUACACCACGGACCCUCGCAACCAGCGCACGGAGCCAGGAAUCCCACUCGAGUCCAUUUCCUGCUCCAGCUGUCGGAAAACACACACAGCCUCUGGGCUGUCAGUGAAGUGCGGAGUGCACAACCAGACGUCCGUCAGUAUCGCCUUCCGCCUCACCCCGCCCGGACUGCUCGCCUCGCUGAGUCCCCACGGCUCGCUCUCACUCUCACUCAACGCCGGGUGCACAAAGACCUGGGAGAACAGUGGGGCAGGGCUGCCCUCCAUUCACAGCGUGGACAGAUUGAUGGACAUGCUGUGCCAGCCUGGCUCGGUCAGGAUGAGGAGGUGCCCCGUGGAAACGGGGUUAAACCAACUCCGGAUGUCCAUCUUACCCAGUUAGGGGCUCGCGGUCCGGUUCUGGACGGGCUUUUUGCUGGUGAACACGGUCAAGGAUAAACGUUUCUGCCGGUGGGAUUUGAAUAAGGAAUUCCAUUUCCAUCUUGCUGCCAAUGGUCACCUUAACUUUACACCCCAGCCAAGCACAAGAGCAGCCAUUGGCGGCUUGUGGGUACCACAGCAAUCCACAAUAUCAGCUGUGGGUUACCGUGUGUGUGUGUGUGUGUGUGUUCACACGCAUGUGUGCUCGGUAGCCAAUUGACCACUGAAUUACGGUGAGGUGUAUUUUACAAAGUCUGAAUGUUUUUCUGGUGGCUAGCUCCCCCCC